AAGAGUAUAAAAGCUUCUGCACUAUGUUCUUUUAAUCCACUGUGUGUGUGUGUAUGUUCUAAUCCUGAAGAUGAGUUCUUUUACGUGAAUAAUUAAGGCCGACCUCACUCAGCACAUGGAUUCCGUUAUUAUUUUAAUGUUUUUUGUCGUUAUUGUUGGUGCUGUCGUUGGAAAAUUAAGUCAUUUUUGGGGUCCUUACCAACAUUUGAUGUGCACCAAGGAAAAGCGAUUGCUUAAAGAAAACUUGGAAAAGAAAGAGGCAGAGUUGCGUGGUCUGCGUCGGCACUUCAAACGUUUUUCAAAAGCUGUGAAGAGGUUUGAUGAAAUAAAGACAUGGUCAGACAUGGUUGUUUCAGAACUUAUUGAGUUACAUAAUGAAAUCAGCGAGAUUGUAACUGGGGCACCAAAUGAGAAUUCCCAUGAUGUUCGUGCACACAGGUAUAUCGCCAAAUUUGAUGCAUUUGGCGUUGGAAUGGAUUUGCUAAAGGUUAAGGUGGUGAAUCUGAGAGAGGAAACUGACCAUCUUCAUAAAGAACUUAGUGACUUGCUGAGAGAGAAACUCAUGCUUUCAGUAAAGGAACCAACAGGCAAAGUCUCAAAGAAUAACAGUGAAGAGAAAAAAGCAGAGGAACCCGUACCACGUCAGGAGGAGAAGACACCAGGACUAGAGGGACCCUUAGAAACUCAAACUGCUUUGAAUGCGACUGAACCAGAGAUACAGAAACCCUCCACCGCAUCCCGUUGCCAAGCUUUGCUUUACAUUGUAUGUCCACUGUGGGUGGUGUAUGUAAUUGGAUACUUUGGCUGCAGUUUUCUGUGGGUCAUUGUAGUGGUCAUUGUAAAACUGCAGUAUUCCUGGAGAAAGGAAGACAGGGAGCAGCAACAGCAACAAGCCCUACAAGAUGAAAAUCUGUCUGACGGGCAGCCUUCUUGGGUUGCUGUGCCUGAUCUUGAGAAGUCAAAAUGGUUUAACAAGAUUUUAAAGCAAGCGUGGCCAUCAUCAUGCCGCUACUUAGAGAAGAUGAUUGUGGAUAGUGUGACUUCACAUCUGAGAGAUAACAAGUUCCUGAAAAUGCUGAGAUUCACAAGGUUUAGCCUUGGAGAUAAGCCACCACAUGUGAUUGGUGUGAAAGGGUACAACCCAAAUAAAGAUCAAGUGAUACUGGACCUCUAUUUAAGCUAUGUAGCAAACAUUGAUGCCAAGCUGGAAAUCCCAGGGGUCAUGUCAGCUGGGGCCAAGGCUAUUCAGUUUCAAGCAAUACUUCGUGUCUUCAUGAAUUUUAUUGGCCAUCUUCCAAUACUUCGGGGAAUGAGCAUAAGCUUUGUAAAGAAACCUAAGCUGGAUAUCGACUGGACUGGAAUCACAAAUGUGUUGGAUAUGCCAUUGUUUAACACAUACUUUGAGGAACAGAUAAUGGAUCUCAUUGCACAGUACUAUUUACUUCCAAAGAGAUAUGCACUCUAUCUUGCUGAAGGUGUGACAGAAGAGGAGCUGAUGGGCCCAGCACUUGAGGUUAUUCUGAGAAUCCACUUGCUGGAGGCACAGGAUCUUAUUGCAAAGGACAACCUGAUGAGGGGGCUAAUCAAAGGAAAAUCUGAUCCAUAUGCAAAAAUACAAGUGGCCAACCAAUAUUUCAAAAGCAGGGUUAUUGACAACAAUUUGUCCCCAAAGUGGAACGAAGUGUUUGAGGCUACUAUAUAUGAUGUUGAAGAUGAAAAUCUAGAGAUAGAUAUUUUUGAUAAGGACCUCAACAAGGAUGACUUCAUUGGAAGAAUGAGUAUCAGCUUAGAAGAAAUAAAGGAAAGAAAAGUUAUUGAUCAGUGGUUUAAAUUGGAAAAUGUACCGAGUGGGCAACUCCAUCUGCGACUGGAAUGGCUAACAAAACCUGCAGAAUCAUGAUAAGUUCCAAGAACAUGCUGUCAGGUCGCUUGACAUCUGUGAAUUGCCCAGGAAGUGAGACUGUGUAUAAUUAACUUGUAAGCACCCUGCAGUGGUCUGGCCUGUCUUUUAUUUCUUGUCGACUUAAGCUGUGAUUGCCCCAUGACACUGCAUUGGAUUACACAGGAAUACAGUGAAAAAUCAUCUGGGUGCAACAGUAGAAAUGAAACCGAUGAGUGCAUGGUAAACCAAGAGGAUGGAGCUGAGUAAAACCCUAUUCUGGACAAUGUGUCAUACAGAGAUUACUCUUACUGGAUAUGGAUAAGAGAAUGUUGGUUCCAGAUAGAGUGAUGUAUCGGAUGUGUUGGUACCAAGAAAGGAAACAUGAUUUACAAUAGACAUCACAACUGGAGAUGAUGAAAUACAUUUACAGAAGACCAAAACAAACCUAAGAAAUAGUAAAGGUGAAGGAAGAAUGCUUCUGACUGUCUGCAUCAAGUCUCUUUUGGUGUAGAAUUUUACAACCACAAUAUAAAGUACAUUUUUAAAAAUACAUUUUGGACUUGGGCAAUGCAUUCAACUCCAUACAGGGACUGAUAUAUUAACCUGAGAAGCUCUGAUUUCCCCCCAAAAAUCAGCUAAUCUCUUAGCACUGCUGUAUCAUAGUACUUCAUAAUGAAGUUUGAUUUUGCAUGUAAUCUGUGUUCAUGGUGGUUUCAUCCUACAGUUUUAAAAUCAUGCUGUCAGAUCAAUUGAAUACCUUAAGUUGCUUAAAGGUGUGACAUUUAGUACAUUUAUGUAUGCUAUGCAAAUCUGUAUAACCUCCACAACACUUUUUUGUUUUGCACCUAUUACUGACAAGUUGCCCUACACCACCAUCAUCAUCCACUGCCUGCAAACAUGAAUUUGAUUAAGUGGUUGAGAAGUGUUGACUGUGCCAAUCUUAUGUCUUUGAAAAUUCACAAAUUUACUUUCAAGUUAGGUUCAUGUACAUUCACCCAGCUGUGGACAAGAUGCUGUACAUUACAGGGCACACUCUAAUGCAGGCACAACAGGCUAGUUUAAAGAUACAUGCAGUAAUGGAGUAAAAAGCAAAAAACUUGCAAAGAUCGUGGACAGGCUGUAGAAUUGUGGGGUUUGAAAAAAGGAUCCUGGAAUUAGUACUAACCACUGUUCUGUGCUUUGAAUUAAUAACAGUACAAGAUAAAACAAGCCAACAGUCGCAUCCUGUUAAACAAGAUCCAAGGGAAAAUGGGAUACAUAAUAAUAAUAAUAAUUCUUUGCAUUUAUAUAGCGCUUUUCUCACUACUCAAAGCGCUCAGCAAUUGCAGGUUAAGGGCCUUGCUGAAGGGCCCAACAGAGCAGAGUCCCUUUUAGGAAAUGAGGGUGCAUUAUAUAUAUGUGACACAAAAAAUGGGGAAUGUUUCUGAUGAAGUUAUGGUAAUAAAGAACAAAGAAUAUAGACCAUAGAUAGCAUGUCAUACAGUAUAUCUUUUUAUUUAUUUAAAAACACAUUUACUGUAUGUUCCCAUUGCGUUUUAUGCUUCUACAGUUCUUUGCAUUAAAGCUUGAAGAUGUGCCUGUGACAUCCAUUGAGUUGAGAGCAUCUGAAAUUUUUUAAAAAUAAAAAGUAAGUUUAAAAGAAAAAGAAUUAUAACAGUAAUAAUGAUACUCAUAUCUUUCCAUUACUCCUAGACAUAGACUUAAAAACAUGGUGGGUCACUGGUUUAAAACAUUCCUGCCAAAAUAUGUCACUCUUCAUUUAAAAAUAUGUAUAUUAGUUGUACUCGACAUUCUUUGGGACAAUAUUCACAACAAAAAGCACUAUGCAAAUAAAAAAAUAUAUUAUUUUUUGACUUGCGCAUAUUAGUGCAGCUAUUAGCACUACUUCUUACUGGUUCAUAACUCCCGAUUCCAAAUUCUGGCCAGACCAUUGAUUUUGUAGUCUGCACAUGUGCAUGGUACUCCAGUUUUCCUCCCACAUAAUACAAAUAUGCAUUACACUAAUUACACAAUACUAGUCUGGUGUGAAGGAGUGUGGCUUGCAUUAGACUGUACUUGGUGCUGUAAGACCCUGUGAUUGUACAGUACUUCAAAAUAAUCAGAUUCAGAAAAUCAAUGGAUUGAUGGAAAUAUGGUGAUGCGGUGGCUAGCAUAUCUGCCUUAGAGUUUGAGCUUCAAAUCUUGGUCCAGCCACUGCUGGUAUAGAGUUUGCAUAUUUCUCCUCUGUAUGUGCAUAUUUUUGGCUACUCUUGUUUUUUCUUUCACAUACCAAAUAUGUUUGGUUAACUGUAAACUAGCCCUGUGUCAUCUGCAGGUCCAGCUUGGGUCAUGUGGGUUUGCAGUUUGAUGAACAAAUGUAAUAUUUUAAUACAUUACUUUAAUCCCGACUGAAUAUUCUCUUUUUCAGAAAAGGAUUCAAAAACUGACCACCCUAGACUAAAUCUGUGCUUCUGAUUUUUUAAUUUUAUUUAUCUUUCUUUUUUACUUUUCUUGUUCUAGCCUAGCCUAAUCAGUUAUUAUCCUAUUUAUUAUUUAUCCUGUUUAGUUAUUAUUAUUUGCUAUUUCUAUUUUCCUACUAUUGUCAAGUGACAGCCUCCUUGGGGUCAACUCAUCUCAGAAUAAAAGUGCAAAACAGUUCAUUAAAUAUUAAAAGUGCAGUUUUUUAUUGACCAAAAAUGAAUCAUAGAUACUUUAAGGAAAAACAGAAAGUUGCAAAGUAAAUGCAGGAAAAGGAAAACAUAGAAUCCUAAAGAUUUUUGUUAACUAGGAGGCUUUGCUCGUCAAUCCCAUGGCUUACACUAUGUGCCAGCCACUUCGUGUCUCUGCUGCUUGUGUAUGUGAAUUUCACUUUCACCAAACAACAAAUCUUAGAA